AUGAUCUCCACUAAAACAAUGAUAAAGGAUGAAUUUACGAAGGCUAAUGGUUUAGAAUAUGAAGAAGAUUGCGAUAUGGAUGUGGAAAAUCAUGACGAAUCAAGUGUUGGUGGUACGAAUGAAACGAAGGAAGAAAAUGAAUCUGCUAAUGAUAUUGGAGAGGAGGAAAACGAUGAAGGGACGGCAAGCACUUCGGGGAAUAAUUUAUUUCUUACACAAUUAUUUGCCACUCAACGGCACAAACCAAAUCGGGAAGCAAAAAUGCUCGAGACAUCCAUUGCUAAUUUGAAGAAGAAAUUGCAAACGCAAAGUCAAACAAAUUUCUCACCUUCUACUACUCACUCUCGUCCAAAGAGAGCAACUGCAGACGCGGGACUAGCAUCAACGGUACGAGGCAUAGGAGAUCUCUCUCAGGUUACCUGUCGUACAGCUUUACGAAUUGCCAAUGAAGGAAGUCCAUUAGAAAUUGAAAAUUAUUCGAAGGAUAGCUUCGAUGAAGGAGGCCAAACAGCUGUCGAUAGAAGUUUGGCUGCUAUGACGAAGUCAAAGUAUAGUACUUCAUCACGCAAUUCGUCUAAUGAUGUAGGUGAUGAUGAGGAUGAUGAAAGAUCAAAGAAUGACGCAUUUCUGGACAGGAUUUUUGGAGAAAGUAAAAUGGAUAACAAGGUUUCAAAGAAUUUCGAUUUUUAUGAUGUCAGUGAAUCAUUUCAAACUUCUUUAAAUCCAGCUGCUUAUAUUUCUAAAGAUAUGACAUUAUCUGCGGCAUUACGAAGAAGGCGUCAACGUCGAAAUCCCGUAUGGCCAUAUUUUAUAGUAAAAGAUGGAGUAGCAACAUGCAAGCAUUGCAACUACAGUACAAAAUCUGUGUUCAGCACUAAUCUGAAAGUACAUCUAAGGACACAUCAUCACGAUCUCUUUGAAGAGGUGCUUAAAGCAGAAGAAGAACAACAGGAGCAAAUUACUCUCCAAAAUUCUCUCCUGGCUUCACGUACGACAACAGCGGCAACAACAAAAACUCCGUAUAUGCACCACGUAACAACUACUGCCCUACCGGCAGUUGGAAGGUGUAGCAGUGGCGAUAGUAAUACUAGUAGUAGUAAUAUUAGCAGUAAUGGACUGCCAAAUACGGGGUCUAAUCUAAGCAGUGCUGCAGUCCUAUUGGGUAUACUGAGUCAGACCGGUGGCUUCCAAAGUGGUUCGAUUGUUACUACCACCCCUACUUCUACUACUGCUGUCACUACUAUAAGUAAUAGAACCCACACACUGCCUACCACACCUCGAGGCAUUUUGGACUUCCCAAAAGCAUUUUCGGAAUCACAACUUCCAUUGGAUUAUCUAAAAACCACGCCAGAUCUCACGAAGAAUUUGCCGGAUUUCUUGAAAGUUAUCUCAGAAGCUUCAGUAAAAUCUGCUCCAUUGAAUCAGACAAAGGCGCCUCUUAUUGGUGACAAUGAAAGAUUGAAAACAUUCAGCAAAAUGGCACAGAAUUCACCAUCAUCUUAUAAUAUAACUUAUGCAAGUGGCAAGAUUGACAAAAUCACUCCCUCAGCGAGUAGCCAAUCGGCAAUUGUUUUAAAACGGCGGCGUUUACGAAGGCAUCCUGUAUGGCGGUUUUUUAAAGAUGUUGGUGAUGGCAGUAAAACUGUGAAGUGUGUUAAUUGCCCAUUCAGCACUUCAUCACCAUUUAGCACAAAUUUGAAAAUGCAUUUAAAAGCCCACCACAAAAGUGAUUAUCGAUUGAUUUUGAUACUGGAGUCACGACAACGUCUGGAAGAGGGAAUCAGCCCUAUCCCAGAAUCGGUUCAGGCACCUUCAUCUCCCGCAAAAAAAAGCAGCAGCGAAGAUACAAACAUCAGUAGCGCGGAAGAAGAACAGACGGAAGCGAAGCGAAGAUCCCUGAAUACAGGGGGUUUUGAAGACGAAAGUUUUACAUCUAUGACUAAUACGGAACGUGUCAAAGCAAUGAUAGAGAUGGCUGCAGCAAGUCAAACGCAGUCGAUGGACUUAGAAUAUCCGAAUGUUGAUUAUGCUACGACUGGUGACACAAAUAGAACCGCUAAUUUUGGUUCUGAUGAAGCAUCAAACUUAGUCGACACCGAUUUGCUAAUGCGUCUCGGUCUCGCGAAAUCGGAUUUGGUACCAUCAAAAUCACCGUUACAGAAUAAAUUUCUAAAUACUCAAUCCUUAGUCAGUGGAAGCGUUGUCCGAAAUCAUCCCAUAAAUGCUCAUGUUUCCACUGCUUUGGAUACAACAAAAUCCGUUAGGACAAUAAGCAAAAGAUUACCGACGGGAGAAGUAGUAAAAGUACGCCAAACACGUAAAAGUGUUGAAAAUCCAGUAACUAACAUAACUGCCACUACCUCUGCUGCAGCAACUGCAACUAUUAAUACUACAAAACCAAUUGUGCCAUCUCGUGACUUAACAACCACAGCUACCACCGAUGAACAACUGAAUGCUAUCAAUUCUGCAAGAGAUAUUGCUCUCGCGAAGUUUUUAAAUAGAGCGAAUGCGUUCCAGUUGCUUGAACUACCGGAAUUUAAGCAAUUCGUAGAUGUACUGGAUCCUACUUAUCAAUUACCUCAGAGCGGUUAUUUGAAACGAUUGCUGGAAAUUAAAACGGGUGAUCAUGAUCUAUCACCAGAAUACCUCCUGGAUAUUGUUCAGGAACAGGGAUAA